AUGGCCGACGCUAACAUACCGGUGGCGCCACCUCCACCGAGGACUUUUGCUAGUUUUUUCCAAAAACCGGCUGAUGUAGAGAUGAACCGAGACUCACUGAUCAAGCAAGCAAGGAAAGCCCCACCGCCAAAGAAAGAUGAAGGGAAGAAGCUUGAGGUAGAGAAAAAAGAUGAUCAGGUCCAGAAGAUAAAAAGUCUCAAGAUCGCAAAACCUAAGCCAAAACUGUUAUUGAAGGGUAGAGAGGAGAAACCCAAGUCUCCGGAACUUGAAGUGGAAAUUCUAAAGGAGAAUCCAUUGGUUAUAAGAUGCAUUGAGAAGCAGAAUCUGGCCCUUGAACCAUCCAAUGGUGAGUCGGAGAACUUUCCGGAGGAAACCCUAGCAGUGCACGACUCGCACCCCCCUGAGGAGGAAACCCUAGCAUCGCGCAAUGUUGAUUCCCGCUUUCCUGCAAUCGAUUUGCAGCCGAUAAUAGCUAUUUCUCCUCGACUGAAGACUGUUGAGCUGGGAAAAGCUGCUGUUAUAGGAGCAAUCUCUAAUCGAUUUUCAGCCCUUCAGGAUAUGAAUGAAGAUGAUCUGAAUUUUGUGGAUGAUACUGAUGAGGUGGAAAACAUUUUUACGGAGAGGAUUGACACUGAACUGCCGCAACUAGCAACUGUUGAUGCUUUGCGGAAUAUCACUUCUUCGCCGCAGCCGAUAUUGGGUAAGUCUAUGGAUGAUUCUUUUUAUGCUAUUGUUCAGGAAGAUGAUGAAGAGAAAGUCUAUAAAGAAUUUGCUUGUCAGAGGGUGAAAAGGAUGGCUCAAAUUUUUAUGUUGAGCGGGCGGAUAAUGGUGAAAUCACAUAAGAUUUGGGUUUUCAGUAAAAAGGAGGUAAAUGUCACUUUGCUUGGAGGUUCAGACCAAGCUUUGCAUCUUGGUGUUGAGCAUCAAUCCGUUGGCACAAGGGUUUGUAUCUUGGCGGUUUAUGCAAAAUCUACAAGGGGUAGACAAGCUUUGUGGGCUGACUUGCUCACCUUUCGACAGCAAAACCUAAAUACUCCUUGGAUGGUAGGAGGAGAUUAUAAUGUUAUACGAUUUUUUGAAGAGUACUCGGGCAUCUCUGUUCAGGAUCAUGCAACAAUGGUGGACUUCAAUGACUUAAUUGAGGAAUCUUCUCUAACCGAGCUAUUAACUCUAGGUGAAGAGUUUACCUGGGGAGGCACAAGAAGUAGUGGCUGGGGAGGAAGAAGACAGCAACCUUUCAAUACAUUCUUGAUGCACUUUGACUCAAAAUUAUCAAAUUGGAAGAACAAGUUUCUUAGCCAAGGUGGGCGCCUUGUGCUAAUCAAGAAUGUGUUAUCGGCCAUUCCAAUUCACGUUUUUGGGGCCAUUGAGCCACCAAAGUCAAUUCUUAAUGCUAUAGCACAAAAAAGUCAAAAAUUCCUCUGGGAAGGUGUUGAGGGAGACGGGAAAAGACAUUGGCAAGCAUGGAAUAGGCUUACCUUCCUGGUUUCGGAAAAUGGCGUAGGGCUGAGAAAUUUUAAAGAUGUAUUGAAGGCUUUCUCUUUUAAAAGAUGGUGGAAGGUGAAGCAUCGGCAAGGCAUCUGGGCUAAAUUCAUUUUAUCUUUGUCGCAUGCUGUGCGAAAUAAAACUUCCUGGAGAAGACUAGAGCGAGUUGAUUCUUUGGCAACAAGUUACUCAAAAGUAUCGGUGAAAAAUGAUGAUAGAAGUUUUUGUUAUGAUCAGUGGUCAUCACUUGGUCGUCUUUGGGAUAUUGAAGGAGUUCUACCUCCCUCACCAUCAAUAACAAUUCGGGACUUCUUCUUUCGGAAGCAAUACUAUCUAUGCAAGUUUCGCUGGAGGCUCUCUUCUAAUGUUCUUAGGGAGUUAGAAGCGGUGGAGAUGAGUUUCGUUGGAGAGGAAGACAGAUUCAUUUGGAAGCCAACUUCGUUGGGAAACUUCACAAUUAAAUCGGCUUAUGAGACAUUGUGGUUAUCAGGGAGCUCUAAAACAGCACUUGGAGUAAUCAAGAAAGUAUUGUCGUCCUUUGUCAUAUGGGAAUUAUGGAAAGCGCGAAACAAGUUCCUCUUUGAAGGAAUUGAGGUGUCCGUGCAAAGCAUCAUCGCGUUGGUUAAAGAGCAUUUACAUAACACGAUGCUUGUUAAUGCUCUCACAGCUCAAAACACUCAUGAAAAAACCUUGUUACAGCAGCACAUCCCUUGGGUAAAUUUCGAUAUUAAGAGCAAAAGGGUAUUGGCGGUUUCUUGGAAGCAGGAAAAGGAUUUUGUCCUUAAUACCGAUGGAUAG